AAUUAACCUUUAGAUAUGCAACACUUGUCUUCCCUACCUCAAAAGAAGGAAACCUGCGGAAUGGCUCAAAUCUAUCCAACCAAGGAUACAACACUGAAUAAUAAACUUGGUGAAAUUAUUUACAAAUCCUUAAAAAAUAUUCACCAUCAAUUUGAAUAUGAAUCAUUAGGAAAUGAACAGCUACACAUAAAAUCAAAGUAUGGCUUAUUAUUGGAUAAACAUUAUCUGCCAAAGGAUGAUAAUCCAUUCAUCAACUUAACAAAAGCCUGGUGUACAGUAGCUGGUUGUACUGCUGCUUAUACUUAUAAAACUAUUGGUCAAGAUUUCAGUGAACCAAUGAAAAUUUGGUUAGCUAAUGCUGCCAACUGCACUAUCCUGUUUAGUCUUUUAGCUGAGUUCACUGAUACUGAACAGCCAACACAUCAACAAAACAAGAAAAUCAUGCCUUCAUCAACCUUAUCGUCAUCUUCGUUACCUGAUGGGAACUGGUCUUAUGGUUCUUGGUCACUAGACAAUCUUUUGAAUGUUAAUGAAAUGAAGGCUAUUAUUAAACCUGAAAUGACAGAUAUCUGUGUUGCAGUAAUGAUUGCUGGUGUCAUUAACUAUUACCAGGAAGGUUGUCUACUGCCGAAAACACUGACUAAAUACGCUGAUGAUUUGAUCAAGUCAGCGGAAAUGGAUCGGUAUGGAAUUACACACAUGAGGGAUAAACUACAAAUUAUGGCAAUCACAAGUAGUUGGAUAUCAAAAAUCAAUAUUUUCAAUGAAAUGCAAAAAAUCGAUGUUAACAGAAAAUCAAAUCUGAGAAAUAUUAAAACUUUAGGAUUAGCAAAUAUUACACUGACCUCUGAUAUGAUAGAAUCUCUUCAAACAGCUCCAGCCGGUUGGAAGUGUACAUCAAUCGCUUUCAAUAUAGCCAGUAAAUUAAUUCAAUCAUCAGAGUGUUUUUAUUUUAUGGAUGGUUUAAAUGAAUUAGUAGAGUUGGUUAGAUUAUGGCGAAAAUUGAAACAAAAUCCAAUACUAUAUCAUAUCACUGGUAAAGUUCUUACAAAUACUCAAGAAAACAUGUUUGUGGAUAAUGGAAGAAAUCUUCUAGGUAGAUUGAUCACCUUUUUAAAGUAUACAGAACCACAGAGUGAAUUAUUUACAUCGAAGUACUUAAAAUCGAAUGAUCAGACUCUUGAGAGAAUCUAUGCUGAUUAUUCUGAAAACUGGGAAAAUAUUGUAAAAGCAUUUCAUUGUACAGAUAAAAUAAUAAAACACAGUAGUAAUCUUACACAUCAGCUGAAGACUUUACAUCUUAUUCCGGAGACUUUCAAACUGAAUGAAAAUGUUAUACGUAUGUGUCGUGAAAUGUUUCGAGAUAAUGCUUAAAAACUAAGCAAUUUUUGUAUGUAUUUUGAUAAACAUAAAUCAUUGUUAGCAAAUAAAUUAUUUUAUAUUGGUUAUUUUGAGUAGAUUGUUAUAUUUACAGUGAUGGAUUAGAAAAUGCGGUUUUUUAAUGGCAGGUUUAUAUAAGGCGUGAUUUAUUGACUUUUUU